ACCGCAUUCUUCAGUUGGGCCACUGCUUCAACAGCAUAACGUCUGAGUGGCAGUAUGGCACUCUCUAUUAUCACACCUUUACUACUGUUGCUGGGCGUUGUGUAUGGACAGCGGGAAAGAUAUAAGGGGCACCAAGUAUGGCGAUUAACUCCGAAAUCUCUGACACAACUUGAAUAUCUGGACAAUCUUAGACAAAAAUCGCACACUAAAGAGGUAGACUUCUGGAAGGACCCGUCGUCAGUUGGAAGACCUGUUGUACUGAGAGUUCCAUCUAAAAGACGGAAUGAGAUUUACAUCGAACUCGGACUUCAAGGAUUUGUUCCCGAAGUUACCAUCAAGGACCUGCAACAAAACAUCGACGAAGAAGAGUCCCUGUAUACACAAAAUUCCUUUGCUGAUUUAAAGGACUUUGACUACAGCAAAUAUCACCCACUAUCUGAGGUGAACGCGUGGAUGGAACAGAUCGCUGCAAAAUACCCAGAACGUGUAACACUGUUUAACAUCUCCAGCUCUUACGAAGGCAGGACCAUUAGAGCUAUGAAGAUUGUAGGCAAAGCCACUGGUUCUAAAAAACCUGGUUUCUUUUUUGACGGAGGAAUCCACGCACGGGAAUGGAUAUCGCCAGCCACGGUUAUCUACAUGGCAGCCCAGCUGAUUGAGCAGUAUGGGAAGAAUCGCAGCAUAACAGAAGUCGUCGACGCACUGGACUGGUUCAUACUUCCGGUCUUCAACGUGGACGGUUAUAACUACACGUGGACAACGAACAGAAUGUGGCGGAAAACUCGGUCAAAACAUUUCAAUUGUUAUGGAGUUGAUCCGAACAGGAACUGGGACUGGGAAUGGUGCAAGCAAGGUGCUAGUAAAGACCCUUGUUCCGACUCCUACUGUGGUCCCAGUCCAUUCUCCGAAUCCGAAGUGAAGGGCGUGGCUGAUUUCUUGAACGCCGUACCAGGAAGGUUCAGGGCGUACAUAGACUUCCACAGUUUCUCUCAGUUAUGGAUGACACCAUGGGGCUACACAAAAGAUCUUCCCCCAGACUUUCCUCUACAGAACGCAUGCUCAGCGGCUGCUGUCGAUGCCUUAACAGCUGUGCACGGGACCAAGUACAAGUAUGGGACUCUCGCCAGAGUCAUCUAUAUAUCCAGUGGGAGUAGCGCUGAUUGGACGUACGGUGCCGCGAAAAUUAAGUAUUCCACAGGAGUGGAGCUUAGGGAUACUGGAAAGUACGGCUUCCUCCUACCGGCCGACCAGAUCAUUCCGUCAGGAGAGGAAACUUUGCAAGGAUUACUAGCCAUGGCGAAAUUUAUAGUGAAUAACCCGUAA